AUGGCGGGGUACAUCCGCCCCAGCACGGGCGCUUUCCAGGAGUACAAUACCACGUCCGCCAAUAGCCCAUUCAGUCAGCGCGCCCAGCCACGCCGGGACGACUUUGGCUACGACAAGGACGGAUGGCCUAUUUACGCCUUGCCCGAGGCUGUGGCGAAGCUGAAGCCCCUUCCUCCUACACCUUCCUCAGACGAUGAGGGGGAGGACCGUGAGGAUUUCGACCUAAACAACGUCCAGUUAACGGCGGAGGACUAUGAACGUCAUCACGACGCCGACGACCAGAUGCGCGAGCUCCUCGCCGGUGCGGUCGGUGAUGGCGAAGACGACCCAGGCAAGGAAGGCGACGACAUCGUCGAGGGCUUCGCGAAGGACAUCAAGCUCAUGCCGCACCAGGUGCGCGGAGUGCGCUGGAUGCGCGAGCGCGAAUCGGGGCGCAAACGCGGAGGCAUCCUGGCGGACGACAUGGGCCUCGGAAAGACAGUCCAGACUCUCGCGCGCAUCGUCGAAGGAGGCCAGACAACAGUUGGCGAGAAGCGCUUAUACAAAGGCGGCACCUUGAUCAUCUGCCCCUUAGCCGUGAUGGAGCAGUGGGCAACUGAAUGCCGCACAAAGACUGAGAAGGGGCUGUUGAAAGUCACGACUCAUCACGGGCCCAAGCGCGCCAUGAGUGGCGAAGAGCUCAAGAAAUACGACGUCGUCAUCACGACGUUCCAGGUGCUCGCAUCUGAAAUGGCCAUUCUAUCAAAGGCCAAGCCGAAGAGUGCAGAUAACAGCAAGAACACGCGUCGAGGCCCUGACUCGGACUCCGACAGCGACGUGCCGCUCCCUAUUAAGAAGAGUCGCGCCAAGGCGAAGGAGCGCGGCCCGGCCCUCUUCCAAUUGAAGUGGCUCCGCGUCGUCAUCGAUGAGGCUCAGAACAUCAAGAAUCACAAGACCAAGGCUGCGCAGGCAGCCUGUCAACUCACUGCCAAGUUCCGGUGGUGUCUCACUGGCACACCCAUCCAGAACAACGUUGAGGAGCUGUAUUCCUUAUUCAAGUUCUUGCGAGCGAAGCCGCUGGACAACUGGCAAGUGUUCCGCUCACGAGUGUCCGCCGAGGUCAAGGAGGGCCGAACAGGCAUCGCCAUGAAGCGUCUUCAAGUCAUCCUGAAGGCCAUCAUGCUUCGCCGCACCAAGGACGCAACAAUAGACGGCAAGCCCAUCCUCAAUUUGCCUCAGCGCAACGUCGAUGUGGUGGAGUGCGAGUUUGAUUCGGACGAACGCGCCUUCUAUACGGCACUCGAGGCAAAGACGUCGGUGGCCUUCAACAAGUUUGUUAGUGCCGGUGCUGUCAUGGGAAACUACACAUCAGUUCUUACCCUUCUCCUGCGCAUGCGGCAAGCCUGCGACCAUCCUUCGCUUGUUACCAAAUCACUAGGCGUCGACAAAGAGGCCCUCGAGAACAAAGCGGGGGACAGCGAAAGCGACGAUGAGGCCGACGACCUCGCGGACAUGCUUGCAGGAAUGGGCAUGAGCGGACAGAGGAAGUGCGAAAUCUGUUUCGCAGUCCUGAAGAACCAGAAGGCGAAGCAGUGUCAUUCCUGCGAGGAGCUUGCCGCCAAGGCCAAUGCGAAGGCAGGCCGAUUGCCGCCAUCGAGUGCCAAGAUUCGGAUGAUCCUUCAGCUCCUAGCUGAGAUCGAUGAGCGAAGCGACAAGAAGCAGAAGACGAUCGUCUUCUCGCAGUUCACCAGCUUUAUGGACUUGCUCGAUCCCUUCCUCGUGGACGCUGGCAUCAAGUAUGUGCGAUACGACGGAUCGAUGAAACCCGACCAGCGCGAGGCCGUCCUGCAUACCAUCCGCACUUCAAGGACAACUCGGGUCAUUCUCAUCUCGUUCAAGGCUGGUUCCACCGGCCUCAACUUGACGUGCUGCAAUAACGUCAUCCUAAGUGACCUGUGGUGGAACCCGGCCCUCGAAGACCAGGCCUUUGACCGUGCUCACCGCCUCGGGCAGCAGCUCGACGUCAACAUUUAUAAACUGACAAUUGCUGCGACUGUCGAGGACCGCAUUCUGGCGCUCCAAAGCCAGAAGCGCGAGCUCGCCCAGGCCGCCCUGUCGGGCACUGGCGUGAAGCAACUGAAGCUCACAAUGAACGACAUCAUGGACCUGUUCAAGACCAGCAAUCGCCACAACGACGACACCAACAACUAG